CGGGCCGUAACUUGUCGGGCAUCUUGCCUAGUAAAACGAGCUUCAUCCGAGCACAUCCCCGCGCUCACCUCCCGGCGACCGUUGCUCCUACCCCUUCUCGCGCGCGCCUCCCCCUCUCCUCUGCCCUCCCUCGUGCAUCGCGUCGUGCGAUCACAGCUCUUGCUCUGGAAUUCGCGCCGCUCCGACUAACCAACCACCGCUCGUCCGUCCGCUCGCUCGCUCCAUUCGACCGUGUAAGCGCUCGACGGCGCGUCUCCCUCGUGCGCCGCGUUACGUGUUGUGUUUCCCUGUACACGAGCGAGAGAGAGAGAAAGCUCCUCGCGAGGAACUCGAGUGUGCACAGUCCCACCACGAAAGAUGAGCAGCUCCGAGGAGGUGUCUUGGAUCUCGUGGUUCUGCGGUCUACGGGGGAACGAAUUCUUUUGCGAAGUGGAUGAGGACUAUAUUCAAGACAAAUUCAAUCUAACAGGCUUGAAUGAGCAAGUACCACAUUAUCGUCAAGCAUUAGAUAUGAUCCUCGAUCUUGAACCAGAUGAUGACUUGGAUGACAACCCAAAUCAGUCUGACUUGAUUGAGCAAGCCGCGGAGAUGCUGUAUGGUCUUAUUCACGCGCGCUACAUACUUACCAAUCGUGGCAUAGCUCAGAUGAUCGAGAAGUAUCAAGCGGGUGAUUUUGGCCAUUGCCCGCGUGUCUACUGUGAGUCCCAGCCGAUGUUACCGCUGGGCCUUAGCGAUGUCCCUGGUGAGGCGAUGGUCAAGAGUUACUGUCCCAAAUGCAUGGAUGUUUAUACACCGAAGAGCUCAAGACAUCAUCAUACUGACGGAGCAUACUUCGGGACGGGAUUUCCACACAUGUUGUUCAUGGUUCAUCCCGAGUACAGACCGAAACGUGCGCAAAAUCAAUUUAUACCCAGAUUAUAUGGUUUUAAAAUUCACCCUCUAGCAUAUCAGAUCCAGCAACAGUCUGCGUCUACAUUCAAAGCACCUUUACGAGCUCUCAACUACAAUAAUGGGAAACGUUAAGGACACUUCGGCGUAGCUUAGAAUACUUCCUUUUAUUCACUCACGAUACAAUUCCUAAUUUCGUCCUUAAGACUAAAAAUAAAAUAUUAUUUUUUAUA